AUGACGCCGAAGGCAAAGAAGGAAGCCCCUACCCCUCCCAAAGCUGAAGCCAAAGCAAAGGCUUUGAAGGCCAAGAAAGUGGUGCUGAAAGGCAUCCACAGUCACAAAAAAGGAAGAGCAGCCUAUCACCUACAUUCUGAUGGCCAUUCUGAUGGCCAUUCUGAUGGCGUCUCCAAAGGCAGCCCAAAUAUCCUUAAAAGAGUGCCUCCAGAGAAACAAGUUGCCUGUGCCAUCGUCGAGUUCUCUGUGACCACCGAGUCAGCCCUGAAGAAAAUAGAAGACAACAACACACUUGUAUCCAUUGCCAAUGCCAAGGCCAGCAAACACCUGAUCAGAUAG